AUGACCCCUCCCAGGCCCGACAAUCGGCGUUCGUCGACCGAUCAACAGCAUCCAUCACAUCCCCAUUCAGAGGAUACAGCAUCUCUUUCGCUGAGUCGCACAAGAUCGCAAGAAUUCGAUUUUGCCGAGAGUGUGGCUAUCCAAGAGGUUGUGGUGGAAGACUCGAGUUCAGAGUCGAGUCCCGACACCGCUCAACUUGAUGCUAUCACGUGGAAGUGGUCAACUCGCUAUCUGGUGUUCCUCUGCGCAUUUCUCACCAGUUUGAGCUUCGGGGUUACGCAAGUGCCCUUGGUCUAUGUCUUUCGCUUGAUGACGUGUGAUGCCUAUUAUAAGGAUCAUUCUUAUCCAGAACGAGCACUACUUGUAGGACCACCAACCACAACAUCAGGGUCCCUGCUCUCGUACGUCCUUUCACCCGAGGCAUCCUAUCCUCUGCUGUACAGAGGAAGCCAGGUUGACCGAUGCUCGAAACAUGAGAUCGAGACCUCUACCGCCUUGUCAAUAUCUCUUCUUGGCGCUAGUACGACGGUCUUUGGAAUCAUCAACCUCUUCCUCACCAGUAGCCUGAUCAAACGCAUCGGCCUCAAGGCAACACUACUCAUCCAGAUAUUCUUUCCCGCCGUGCGAUUACUGAUACAGAAUGUUGGCGUGGAAGUCUGGGGCAGUGCAGGCAUCAACGUCAUUCAAUGGUCACAAAUCGUCAGCAUCGUUGGCGGCCCCAGUGGCUAUCUGCUCGUCCUAAACACUUUCAUCACCGAAGUUGUCGAGCACGAAGGGCGUACUGCAGCUCUAGGCAGGCUCAAUGGGAGUAUGAUGUUUGGAGCUGCCUCCGGCUUUCUGCUGGGUGGGUUUUUGGCUGAAGACUUUGGCAUUAAAGCUCCCUUCCGCCUAACUUUCAUCCUCUUCUUGAGUUCUUGCGUCUUUGUAGUUUUCGCUCUGCCCUAUGUUCCACCUGCGGAAGGCAAAAUCUCUCAGACGGGACUCGUCAGCUCUGAUCAGAGAUCAACAUUGUUCACCAGGUUCUUCAAGCCUUUGACUGUUUUUACGCCCCGAAAGUUUAUUGGGAAAGAUGGGGUUAUUCGGACAGAGUAUGGGGCUUGCCUUCUUGCUUGUGGAGUCUAUCUCGGAAUUUUAGCAACAGGAUAUUUAGCAACACUUCUGCAACUUUUUUCCACCGAUGUCUUCGGAUUUGGUACUAGACAAAACGGCGUUCUCAUUUUCAUGUAUUCGAUGCUACGGGGUCUCUUCUUGACCUUUGCAUUUCCGAAGUUGAUCGCCCUCGGAAGGAGCUAUACCACCACAAGCCGAGAGGACAGUCAGCCUGCCAAAGAUCCAGAUCAGUCAGGUUCCACUGAACGAGAUCCAUUGCUGUCCUCUGAAAGAGCACAAACAAGCCGAGAAGAGACCGAUAGUGACAAAGACAGAGCCUCGAAAAAAGAGCAAACAUUUCAUUUCGACCUUACCUAUACCAGGUACUCAUUGCUUGCUGAUGGAAUGCUUACACUACUGUGCUCAUUUGUGCAACAAGGCUGGCAAAUGUAUCUUGUUGCUGCAGUCUUACCUUUUUCUGCAGGGACUGCUUCUGCCUCGAAAGGAACAAUCCUUCAGAUGGUUGGCAGUUCCGACAAUACCGCAGACCGAACAGACGCUCUAGCUGGGCUAAGUCUGGUUGAAAAUCUAGCUAGGAUGUCGACCACGUUGGUGUUUGGUGUUAUAUUUGCAGCAUUUGCAGGCAUUGGAAGGACAGAGCUGGUGUUUACAUGUAACGCUGCUGUGGCGUUGAUUGGUUUUGGAGUGUUGCUUUUUUCACGAUUCCCGUUAGAGGGCAGCCGUCGGCUUGAUAAGGAGGAUCCAUCUGCCAGCGCCGAUUAA